AACGAACACACACUUCGUGAGCCAGCGCGGCGAGUUACGGCGUCCCAACUGGUGGCCGCCACCUGCCGUGACGCAGCGCACGUCGUUCGCGCGGCAGACAUGGUCUGCAUGAUUCCCUCACACUUCGAUUUCCCACGAUCCGCACAUCUUCACCAGCACCAUGUUGCCACCGAUCCUCGACUGCUACCACGAGUACGAACCGAUUCCGUUCGAGUCGGGCCGCCCGCCCGUCGUGCUAUUGGGUGACGUUGAGUUCUUGAACGACCUCUUUGACGUCCAAUGCUCGACGUUCGAGGCCAUGACGAUCGAGCCCAUCAUGAUUUGCGUCUCGGCCACCACCGACCUGCCGCCCGUUCGACCUGCGCGGUCACUCAGCACUUGCAGCAGCGUGAGCUUUGGCACCGACUCGGAAGACUGCGACGCGCUCGCCAAGAAGGUGUGCUCCGUGCCCGACUGCUACCGCGCGGUGCGGUCGCGCGGCGUCUGCAAGCGCCAUGGCGGCGGUAAGAAGUGCAUCGUCGCCAACUGCGGCAAGGAAGCGCAGAACGGCAGCUACUGCGUCGGCCACGGUGGCGGCAAGUCGUGCAAAAUCGACGGCUGCGUGAAUGCGUCGCAGUCCCAAGGCCUCUGCAAAGCCCAUGGCGGCGGUGCGCGUUGCAAGUAUGCUGGCUGCGACAAGAGCAGUCAAGGCGGCGGGCUGUGCCGGGCCCAUGGCGGUGGCAAGCGCUGCAACGAAGACGGUUGCAUGAAAGGCGCGCAGCGCGGCAACAAGUGCGCACGCCACGGCGGCUGCCGAACGUGCACGAUCGGCGACUGCAACCGGACCGACCGCGGCGGCGGCCUCUGCGAGAUCCACCGCAAGGAAAAAAUGUGCAAAAUCGCCGGCUGCAAGCGCCUCGGCAAGAGCCUCGGGCUGUGUACCCCCCAUAUCCGCGACUUUCGAGCCCAAGACGCACAUUAAGUAGAGCGUCCGCUUGGUGUUGGUCGUCAUUAGAGUAUUGUACAAUAACAUUAUAGAGUGAACAAGUAGACAAUUUUUCAAAGACGAUUUGUGGCGA